CCGCCAUGGCCGGCGAGGAGCGGCGGGCGGGCCGGGCCCGCGGGGCCGAGGCGCGCACCAGCCUGGCCGCCUUCCUGCUGGGCGGCUCCGUGGCGGCCGCCGUCCCGCUGCUGCUCCGGGCGGGCCUGCAGGGCCGCGCCGCGCUGGCGCUCCACGUCGCCGGCGUCAACGCGACGCUCCUGCUGGCCUGGGGCCGCGCGCCGGGCGGGAUGUACCAGAUAGCCAUCCGGGCCUGUUUCCUGGGCUUCGCCUUCGGAUGUGGGCUCUUGCUCAGCUUCAGACAGACUUUGUGGAAACAUUUCGGCUGGUACAUGUGUUCUUUGACGCUGUUCCACUAUUCAGAAUAUUUGGUAACGGCAGUUAACAACCCCCGAAGCUUGUCUCUGGAUUCUUUCUUACUCAACCACAGUCUUGAAUAUAACCUGGCUGCCCUUUCCUCAUGGAUCGAGUUCACCGUGGAAAACUUCAUUUGCCCAGAAAUGAAGCAGGUUGCCUGGCUGAGCUCCACGGGGCUGCUGAUGGUGGUUUUGGGGGAUUGCCUACGGAAGGCUGCGAUGCUCACCGCCGGCUCCAAUUUCAACCACAUCGUUCAGAAUGAAAAAUCAGAGACCCACACUCUGGUGACACGGGGCGUCUACGGGUGGUGUCGACACCCUUCCUACGUGGGGUGGUUCUGCUGGAGCGUCGGAACUCAGGUACUGCUCUGCAACCCCAUCUGCCUCGUGGGCUACACCCUGGUCUCCUGGCGUUUUUUCCGUGAGCGGGUGGAAGAGGAAGAAAGGGCGCUGAUUCAUUUCUUUGGGGAAGAAUACCUGGCCUAUAAGAAGAAGGUACCCACCGGCCUGCCCUUUAUCCGAGGCUUGAAAAUCGAGCCCAGCCCGGGUGACACGAGGAAGUCCUUCGCUGGCAUCGGUGCCCAGUCCAGGGUCGGUUUUCCUAGCCAGGGGAAAUCCUCCGAGGGUCGCAGAGGGCUAUGAUAAGUUCUGGGGUUGCUUAAAAAUACCUGCCUUGCUAAGAGGGAGCGGGAAGUGGGAUUUGGGAAGCUGCGUAGAGUUCUCGGACUGAGCCGCAAGGCCGAUUUUUUUUUUUAAACGAAAAAAGAAAAUUGCCGUUUCUUGCUUCGGUGGACAGAACAGAGACGUCGCGGCGAUUCUAACCCCUCCCUGGGAAUGGAGUGAAAUUCUCGCAGACAAGCUUUUCCCCGAAAAAUCAUGCCGAUCUUCAUCUCUUCCCAUUUCCCCUUCCUGACAGCUGCUCCGGGCUGUCGGAAGCCUGCUCUUAAAUCCUUUGCGGAGAUCAUAAUUCUCUCCCGGCUGGUCAGUCGACUUUCAGCAGCAAAUCUCAAUUCCUUCUUUGAUGGCCUGCCAUGCUUUUGACCCCCAAAACAGAAUUUUUGGGGAAGGGAAGAUUUGGAAACGCCUGGGUUUUUUUUCCCUGUCACUUACGCAAAACCAGUACUGUUUUCUCCUUGUCAUCUUGACUUCUUCCUCUUUGAGCAUUUUAACAUCCUUCUCUCUCCCUCUCUCUCUCUCCCCCCAUCUGUCUUCUGCCGUUUCCAUCUGAGAAAGCGUUCAAAAUGCAUUCCUGUAAAUCGCGGCAGCAAGUUGUUUUCUAACUUGGUGUAAGUUGAUAAAAACCAGACGUCAAGUCCUUCCUUCGUCGAAGGACGUCAGUUCUCCUUUUGGGUCGUGUGCUCUUCUGUUCACCUUACAUGCCAAAGAGAAGCUUGUUACCUCUUUGUAAUCGGGACAGGAACCGAGGCGGGGGGCUCAAAAGCUAGCAAAAAUGCUGAUUGAAUAGAUGAGGCCGUCGGAGGCCGGCUUGCAAUUCAGGACGGCCUUUUGCCCCCAAAUGCAAGAGGCCUUUCAGUAGUCACCCACCGUCUGUGUUCCUUGAGGAUACCUGAGGCAGGUGUGAAACGGAAAAAGGGGUGGUGGUGCCCUGUGGAGGGUGGAAAACUCUUCAAAGGUUUUGUGAUUGGAAAACUACUUGCAGAGGCAAGCAACUUUUAAUUUCUUUACUACAUUUCCUUUUUCCCUCUUCCCUUUCUCUCUUCCCCUUCCCUCUUUCCUUCCUUCCCCUUCCUCCCUCUUCCAUCCAUCCCCUUCUUCCCUUUCCCUUUCCUUCCCUUCCUCCUAUCUUCCCUCCCUCCCAUCCAUCCAUUCUCAUCCUUCCAUCAUCCAUCCCCUCCCUCCCUCCUCUUCAUUCCAUCCUCCCUCCCUCUUUCUCUCUUCUCUUUUCUUUCUUUUCUUUUUUUUUCUUUUCUUUUCCUUUUCUUUUUUCUCUUUUCUCUUUUCUCCUUUCUCCUUUCUUUCUUUCUUUCUUUCUUUCUUUCUUUCUUUCUUUCUUUCUUUCCUCUGAGUGAAAUGGCUCACUGAUAAGACAAGGCUCACUUCCAAGUCCACACCCAAACGGCCUCCUGUGCUCCAAAAAGCAGUAUUCUGAAUUUGUGUAAGGAUUUAGACGAUUUUAGAGGAUUUAGAGAUUUUUUUCCUCCCUUUUGCACAACUGAUUCCAAGGGAGGGGGCUGAUAGCUGUGCAGAGAACUGCGCCCCCUGAUGUUUCAUGAUCUUACAUGAUCGGGGGGUUUGAGAUUUCCCCAGACCGUCCACCCUCUCUUGUUCCCCUCCACCCCCAUCAUAUUUUUGCAACCCCAACAGCUGAGUUUCUUGGAAAGCUGAAUUUUGCAGCCCAAAAUACGCCUUGUGGGAGACAGUGGACGAUAAUCCCAGGAGCUGAGCUCACCCAAUGUGCUAUGUUAGGCUGGUGGGUGGUUCAGCCCUUGUAGCCCGUGACGUUGAUCAUCCUGUCAAACAAAACCAUGGUUUGUUAGGACAGCUGGUCUGGAGAAGGAUGGAUGACCACUUUGGCAGAAUUGGGGGGGCAGGACAGAGAAAGGACAGAGCCGGUCAGGGUCCUGUGACAUGUUUAGCUCAUGGGCCUGGUUGGGCCUCUUGAAAGGGAUGAGCUUGGUUUCCACUCUCCCUUCUCCCUAGACCGGCCUUUGCACCCACAUUUCACAACGGGGCGCCAGGACGAUAAAAUCUGUUCAGGAGGCGAAAGCGUGUCCAUUUUUCCCUGCAGCUGAAAAAUGCAGGGUGGGGAUUGGAAGCCCUCCAGGAAUUUCAGCUCCUGUCUAAAGGAGGAGAUCAGAUCAGGCCUUGCUUUUGAUCUUAAUACUUUAAUCCGAAUGCGAGGCUCAUUUAAUUUUAGCAGCAGAACGAGGGGUGGGGCGGCCUUAAGACCCGGAUCUUCUCGGCAGCGCCCACGGACGGGAGACUUAGAUCUGCCGGACCUCUUGCGAGCUGCAAACGGGCUGCUCAGGCAUCUUCCCGACGGCCUCGUGCUUCUCCUGUGACUGACUUAGCACAGCCGUGAAAAAUUUGCAGCCCCCAAUUCACAGCUGUCUCCGCUAAUUUGACUAGAGCCGGUUUAAAGAUUGGCUGCCAGAUCUGCACUGGGGAGAAGCGCCUUUCCCAUUUCACAGAUCCAGUUUCCGGGCGAGCCGGGGGGGAGGUCCGAGCAGUCGGCCCCCUCUGCAGGAUUUAACCCAACGCGUUGACUUCCUCGGCCUUUUCCCAAGUCUGGGCAGGCUGCAGAGAACCUGCCUGUAUCUUAAGCAUUGCUUUUUCCCAAGGUAUGGCCGGGAGGUGCAAAGCCAGUGGAAAUCUCAGAUUGUGCACCUCCGCCGGAGCAUGCAGAUGCUAAUUCAAGUUAUUUUAACGCAAGGGGCCGUUCCACAAAUGUACUCCAUCGGUGGCACUGGGCAGGCUGCGGAAUGCGGCUUUUCCAGAAGCUGAGCUGAGAUGACACAGUUUUAUAAUUUUUUAAUUUUUUUUUAAGGCUGGGCAUGCUUUUGGGUGGGAACUCGCGAUUUGGGGGGGUGUCUGGGGGGUGUUGGGCUCUAUUACCUCAACCAGGGCAAUGGAUUUUUUAUUUUCUGCUCUCUUUCGACCAGUCGCCCCGGGCCAAUUAAAACGGGAAGGCAGUUCUGUGCUGUUUUAUUUUUUAAACGAGUAAUAAAACAAGUAUUUUUUAUGUC